UUCAACAAAUUGCAUUUAUUAAUUUCCAGGACGGUAGUGAAUAUUUGACCAUGAGGUUUUUCAUAUUAUUCACUGUCAUUGCAGUUUCAUUGCAGAUUGGUGAAGCAUGCGGAGGCCGUUCCAAACGCCAGUCAGUUCCGGUGAUACCAAUUAGUACACCAGAAAACCCUAUAUUCGAUAUAUCACCAGCUUUAAAUAUUAUUGAAUCCGCACAGAGGUCAUUCUUGUCAGCCCUUGAGAGUCUCGCUACUGUUGGUUAUAAUGCUACCGAGGGAAUCGUCAAUCAACUACGCAAUCUACGAAGUUCUUUCAGUAAAACAUUAACGUCCCAUCUCAACCAAGCUAUAGAAAAUAUGAAAAUGGUUAUUAACGGAACUCGGGAUGCUGUUGAGAAUGCCAUCCAAAAUUCUGAAAAUCGAUUGCUCUCCUUAGAGAAACAGGCCCAAAAAAUUGCUGCAUGUGCAUCGGCUAAUAUAUCUGAUACCAGAAAUGCAAUCCGAGAUGCAAAGGAUAUUGGUUACAAUUGCCUUGCAAAUAAACUCAAUGAAGGCAUCGAACAGUUCAAUGGAUUGGUUGAAAAUCUGACCAAGCAAGGAACUACCCUUUUCAGUAUACCAGAUCAAAUCAAUACCUGUAACCGACGACAGUCAGGAAUAUUGGAUGUGGUCGGAGCUAUAAAUAGAACCAACUGUUUAGCAAAUAUUCCAGUUAAAGUGAAUUCGGAUGCUGCUCAGUUCUUUAGCACCAUUACCGGGUCUGUGAGGGACGCUGCAUUAUAUGCCAACUCGAUUCCAACAGCUGCUUCUCAAUGCGCAAUUAACGCUGUUGGUACUAUUGACAGAUUCGUAAGGAAUAUGGUAGAUUAUGUAGCCAACUGCUCAAGAAACUAGGAGAGGUAGUAGUGCGGGGAGAUUUGCCUCUUCCUUCUAUAUGGAUGAAAAUAAAUUGUCUAUUCAAAUAA